AGCUCUAGUUCAGCUUUUCAGUCAUUGUAUACUCCUAGUCUAAACCCUUUUUUUAGCUAUUUACUUUUAUCUUUAUUUUAUACCGAGAAAGAAUAAAAAUUUUCAAUUAAAAAAAUUAAUUAUUAUCAACGCAUUAUUAAAAAUUUAAUGUUAAGUAAAUUUAAUCAAGAACAAAACUGUGGAAUAAUUAGAUGACGUGCAAUUGACAGUGACGUGAAUUUAAUGCGUGGUUGUCAGUGCAAGUGAUAAGAUUCUUUUAUAUGUUAGAAACAUGAACAAAAUUCAUUUUUUUAAUAGAUAGAACAGAUUGAAAACGAAGGAAUUAUGUGGUCAUUAUUUUCUCGAGAUCCUACGAAGGAUUUUCCUUAUGAAAUAGGAGAAAUCGUUGAUGGUUUAGAUGGUAAAUCUAUUUGGACUCUGUACAGAGCUAAGAAAAAGGGCUCUUCAGGAGAUGAUGUGUCUGUAUUUGUCUUUGACAUUAAAGCUGGUGGUGAAGUUCAACUAGAAAUAGCACGAAAUGCAGUGAAAAGAUUAAAAACUCUUAGACAUCCAAGUAUUCUUACUUAUGUUGAUAGCCUUGAGACUGACAAAGUUAUUUACUUGGCAACAGAGAGAGUUGAACCUUUACACAGUAAAUUAUUAAAAAAAAUUGACAUUGGCGAGGGUCUAAAAAAAGAAUUAUAUUUUUCUUGGGGAAUUUUUCAAAUAACUAGAGCUCUCAGUUUUUUAAAUAAUGAUGGAAAUUUGAGACAUAAUAAUGUAAAUUUGUACUCGGUGUUUGUGAAUGAGGAAAGUGGAGAAUGGAAAUUAGGCUGUGUAGAAUAUAUGAGUACGAUUGAUGCACCGUAUACACUACUGCCACAUACUUUGCAAGCCUACAUACCUCCAGAAGCUAGAGAGAAUGCAAAACCAACAUCCAAAUGCUCAAUCGAUAUGUGGGGUCUGGGCUGUCUCAUCUGGGAGGCUUUCAAUGGACCUUUGGGACAAAGAGCCAACCUCAAAGCCAUGGAACAGAUUCCAAAGCAGCUUUUAAUAGUCUAUAAAGAACUAACAAGCAUAAACCCUGACGGAAGACCAAACCCAGCAGAUGUGAUAGCAAGGUGCCGUAGCAAUGGUGGAUUUUUCAAAAAUGAUCUUGUUGAUGCUUUGCUCUUUCUUGAAGAGAUACAAAUGAAAGAGAAGGGUGAAAAAGGACGAUUCUUUUCUCAAUUAGCUGGUCAAUUGGAUAGUUUUCCUGAAGGAGUUGGCAGAUAUAAAAUUUUGCCUCAAUUAUUGGCAGCUUUUGAAUUUGGAGAUGCAGGUAGUGCUGUCUUACCACCUCUAUUACAAUUAGGAAAUCAAUUACCUGACGCCGAAUAUCAAAGAAGGGUUGUGCCCUGCGUUGUAAAAUUAUUUGCUUCAAAUGAUCGAGCAACUAGAUUGCGUCUUUUACAACAACUCGAUAGAUUUGUUAGUCACCUUCAGCCUUCUACUGUCAACGAUGCGAUUUUUCCUCAGGUAGCUCGUGGUUUUCUUGAUACCAAUCCUGCAGUUCGAGAACAAACAAUCAAAUCAAUCAUUCAUCUAGCACCAAAGUUAGAUUACAAUAAUUUGAAUGUCGAAACAUUGCGGUAUUUUGCUAAACUUCAAUCGUCUGAUGAACAAGGUGGAAUAAGAACGAAUACAACUAUAUGCUUAGGAAAAAUAGCUCAACAUCUUCAUCCCCAAAUUAGGCAAAAAGUGUUAAUAGGAGCAUUCAUUCGAGGUACCCGAGAUCCUUUUCCACCCGCUAGAAGUGCUAGUGUAUCGGCACUCGCAAUCACACAACAAUACUAUUUAUUACAAGAAGUUGCAAAUCGUAUUCUACCAGCUUUGUGUCCUCUUACAACUGAUCCAGACAAAAGUGUACGUGAUAAUGCUUUUCGAACAAUACGAGGAUUCUUGACUAAACUAGAAAGAGUCUCUGAAGAUCCUGGUUUACGAGAAACAAUGGAGGCUGAUGUGAAUACAGCAACACCAAGUCUAAGUAAUGCAGCAGCAACGUGGGCUGGUUGGGCUGUUACAACAAUGACUGCUAAAUUUUAUCGAAGUCAAUCAGAUACUCCCAAGUCUUCCAAUCCUCAAACUACGUCUCGAAUUUUACUUAAUAAACCGGCAUCAUUGGAACAAGCAAGUAGCUCACAAAGUAGUGCUAGUACAACUGCAACAACAAGCAGUGCGACAAGUAUGACUUCAUUAGAUCCUGAUCAUGAUCAUGAUUCUCAGAAUACUGCUAAUACCCAUUCUGAUUGUGAUUGGGAUUGGGAUGCUGAUAAUUGGGGAGAUAUGGAACAACAGCCGUCAUCAACAACAACAACUUCGACAAGUACUGUCACUCCAUCUGCUACCACACCAAAACAAAAUGAUCAUUGGGCCAGCUUGGAAGAAGAACCGGAGGAAGAAGCAACAGAAAAUAUUGGAGAUAAGAAUGAGGGUUCCGAAAGUGGCUGGGACGAUCAAGAAUUUCAAGUUCUUGAAGAAUUUCAAUCGAUCGAACGAUCUGGAGUGAGUGGAUCAAAUAAAUUUGAAGAAGCUCGAAAAAAACGAGAAGAACGUAAGUUAGCUCGACAAAAACAAAUGGAAGCCAAAAGAGCAGCAAAGCUAAGAACCAGUCCUCCUGCCAAGAAAGUUUAAUGUAUAAAUGUUAAUUAAUUAAAAAAUGAACUAAUCAAAGCCAUUUUUAAUUAAUUAUUGUAUAAUAAAUCUUGAUAUAGAACUAAAUAUGAAAUAAAAAUUUCAAUAACUACAUAUCUAAAUAUGUUUUAUAUUAUAAAUUGAUUUAUUAUGUUAAGUACUUUCUAUUGUAUUCAUUCAUGAAAAUAUUUUACAAAUAUUUCAAUUAAUUAUUAGUUAUAUAAUAAUAUACACAUCAAGAAAAUAU